CCCGGGACGGGCGGGGGGUGAAGAAGGGGCCGGCCUUUGAGCGACAGCGACGCAAGAUGGCAGCCACCACGGGCUCGGGAGUAAAAGUCCCUCGCAAUUUCCGACUGUUGGAAGAACUCGAAGAAGGCCAGAAAGGAGUAGGAGAUGGCACAGUUAGCUGGGGUCUAGAAGAUGACGAAGACAUGACACUUACAAGAUGGACAGGGAUGAUAAUUGGGCCUCCAAGAACAAUUUAUGAAAACCGAAUAUACAGCCUUAAAAUAGAAUGUGGACCUAAAUACCCAGAAGCACCCCCCUUUGUAAGAUUUGUAACAAAAAUUAAUAUGAAUGGAGUUAAUAGUUCUAAUGGAGUGGUGGACCCAAGAGCCAUAUCAGUGCUAGCAAAAUGGCAGAACUCAUAUAGUAUCAAAGUUGUUCUGCAAGAGCUUCGACGCCUAAUGAUGUCUAAAGAAAAUAUGAAACUCCCUCAGCCGCCUGAAGGACAGUGUUACAGCAAUUAAUCAAAAAGAAAAACCACAGGCCCUCCCCUACCCCCCAUUCGAUUUAAGCAGUCUUCAUUUUCCACAGUAGUAAAUUUUCUAGAUACAUCUUGUAGACCUCAAAGUACUGGAAAGGAAGCUUCCAUUCAAAGGCAAUUUAUCUUAAGAUACUGUAAAUGAUACUAAUUUUUUUGUCCAUUUGAAAUAUAUAAGUUGUGCUAUAACAAAUCAUCCUGUCAAGUGUAACCACUGUCCACAUAGUUGAACUUCUGGGAUCAAGAAAGUAUAUUUAAAUUGAUUCCCAUCAUAACCGGUGGGGCACAUCUAACUCAACUGUGAAAAGACACAUCACACAAUCACCUUGCUGCUGAUUACAUGGCCUAGGGUCUCUGCCUUUUCCCCUUCCCCUCCCCCUGCUUCCCUCCCUCCCUGCAACAGCCCUCCAGCUUGGGGUGGCUUGUUAGAGUAGAUGUGAAGGUUUCAGGUCACAGCCUGUUGGACUACUGCUGGGUAUGGGGGGGUGCUUUGUCUGCACCCCUUGUUUCUUUUUUUAAGUCUUAAAUGAUGCCUCCCUUCCAAGCCAUCAUCCUUUCCCCAACUCUCCACUCCCACCCUUGGCCGAAGCAUAGAUUGUAACCCCCUCUGCUCCCCUCUGAAAUUGGCCUUUGGUGAGGAAUUCAGGGCUUUCCCCAUAUCUUCUCCCCCUACCUUAAUCGAGGGGUGCUGCUUUUUCCUUCCUCCUCCUCAAAUCCCUUUUUGCACCAUCACCACCCAACACUUUCCAUGGCACUUCCUUGCUUUGGCCAGAAGCCAUCAGGUAAGGUUGGAAAGAGUCUCUGACCGCCCUCAUUUAGUUUUGGAACCAUGUUUAUUUACUCUCCACCAGCCUGGGAAAUGAAUAUUGGGUUCUCAGCCCUGCCACCCUCUGCUGUCAUCAUCAGCUGAUGCGUUUUUAGCUCAGGUUUUGAUAAGAUGAAAGAACAGUCACCAGGGCUACUCAGACCUGCCAGCUCUCGAAGUCCUUGGUGGUUAAACUUGGAGAAAGGCCACGGAAGACACUUGUAAGCACACACAAUCCCUCUGAAUGAAUUGUUUUCUUUUCCUGUAAUUGCUUUUGCUUUUAAAAAUUGAAGAAGUUUUGAAGGUAUCUCAUUUGGUCAUCCUUGCAAUCCAAUUUGGGUCUAGUUUGGAAUCUGACAACUGGAACAAAAAGAAUCUUGAAUUCGGUGCAUACUUUGGUUUUGGUGCUGCUGCUUCUCACGGUCCUCAGCAGGGAUUAAGAAAGAACUCGGUGUGCACGGCAGAUCCCCGAAAUUGGCGGGCUUGACUUUCCGGCAAAUUGCUGCGUUUUUCCACUUUUCUGUUCAGGACCACUAAAUGCUGAGGUGUGGAUGCAUACCGAAAUAAAAGCAAUUCAUUGUGUUCUAAGGGUUUUUUUUUUUUUUUUUAAUUUAGCGUUUGUAUAAAACCACCUUUUGAAGCAGCAACUAUCAAGUCUGAAAAGCAAUUGAUGUUUCCAUUAAUCUUUUUCUGGGGAAAACCUUAGUUCUAAGGAUUUAACAUCCUGUAAGUAAAGUUUAACAUAACAGUAUUCCAUAAGCAGCCUUUUUAUUGUCAGACCAUUGCCUGAUUUUAAUAUAAUAAAAAGAAGUGUGCGUUAAUAUUUAA